AUGAGCGCAGCCAUUGGCUUCGGCGAAUACGAGGCAUUGCUGCCCUGCGACGGAGUCAACGCGGCGCUAACGUUUAGCCGCGAGUUCUUCAGUCGCGAGUAUGUCGUCCAACGUGUGACGAGAGAGGCGUUGGCCGUUGCACUGGAAACGGACGAGAAACGGUGGCGCGGACUGUCGAGGAUCAAUUCGGGGCACGCCGUGGUCAGCAUUGACGGCGUGCCAGCGCGCGGCUUGCCGUCACGCCAAUUCGCUGAGCUCUGGUAUCCGCCGGUAACUCCAGAGACGUCGGAUGCGGUGGAUCGACGGUACCGCCGCGUUCGUUUCCGUGAUCGCAAACGCGCGGAGCUCGAGGUGGAGAUGCAGAAGGACUGGGCGGGCGCGGGACCCAUGCGCUUCACACCGCUGCAAGAUGACGCAGAGCUGCAGACCAAGCUGCGUGAGGCGCACACGCUGAUCUGGGAGCAUGAGCUCUCCCGGGCUCAUGCGGUCCUUCGGUCGUUGCCGGUUGGUAGUGACCCGAUGGUGUGUUUGGUGGCGGUGGAGCUGGAGGUAGUGCGCGUACUGGUGUCGAAGGAUGCGUUGUAUGCCAAGCAGGCCCAGCGCGCAGCAAGCCAGGCUGUCGCGUGGCUUGAGAGCAUGACGGAGUUGUCGUCGCUCUCGUACUCGACCAGAAAGCAGACGCAACUCGCUCUGGCGGAAGCUCUCUUUCUCUCGGCUCUGCUGCGUCUUGGUGGCGAUCAACGGCUUGCUGCGAUCGCCGCAGCAAGACGUUGCGCUGCUAUAUACGUGGAGCUGGAAGAGAAGUUCUUCACAAGUCGCGAUUCAACGAAGAGAGACCGGUUGUUGAUGCCCGAGAGCGAACUGCAAGUGUUUCAGAAGAGGGUCCGUUUUGGAAUGGGUAUACUUCAUGUCGGCGGAGCUCUGGCGCUGCAGAGUGCGCUGGACUGGAUUGGCACGUUGGUUAAAGGAGCGUGCGAUAUCAAGAACGGCCUCGAGUAUUUGCUGGACUGCGGCAAGAUUAAUGAAGGCAGCGAGAGCCAUCUCCAGGCCAACUGGGCCGCCUUGGCUCUCAUGUACAGCUCGGGUGCGCUUCGGCUCGUUCGACAACGAAGCGAGCAAGAGAUUGGUGACUGCCUUACUAAAGAGAUUGGUGCCUGUCAGCAAUCCACACUCCAGCGACAUCCGAAGGCGCUCGUAUUCCUCUGGAGCCAAGCAAACGCCACAAACUUCGUCGGUCACCGGUUCAAGCAGCUCGAAGUUGAACUAUCACGGGUCUCCGAACUCGAGGAGAGAGUUCACCUUGUGCGGUUUGAUCUUGGAUAUCGACACUUUCUAGCCCGUGAGUUUGGUCGCUCUUCAGCACAGUUCAUGCCUAUCUGCAAGUGCACCAGCGCGCCGGCAAAACUGCGUGGACUCAGCAGUGUCUUCGUCGCGGUAGGCUACCUUCUGACGAGCGAGGUUGAUGCCAAGCUAUUGAGCUCGGUGCGGCUGUUGUUGCGGUCCGCCCGAAGAUUCUUGACACUUCGGUUGGAGGACAACCCGGAAGACUUCGAAGCUGGAUCGUUGUACGAGCGAAUUGGGGCAUAUUUGGAUGGCGGUGACGAGUAUUUGCAGCUUCUACCGUCGGAAAUCCUGUACGUCUACUGCCAGUCCACCAAGACGAUCAUGGUGGGAUCUACGCUGGAAACGUGCCAGCCCCAACACCAUCUUGCAGCACUUGAGAAGAUAACCCAGUUGUCGAAACUUGCGAGAGCCGAUGGAAACCAAUCCAACCACGAAGCAGAGCUGUGUCUCCUUCGUGCCAUCAUACGCUUCAACCUACGAGAAUUUGACGCCUGCAGUCGCCCUAGAACAGACUCCGCGCUCAGUCGGCUCCUCAGCCAGCGGACUCCAUGCCCACCUCCAGCGUUUGUCGCUCUGGUUGCAUGGUUCUACCAGCUCAGACUGCUGCUCGAGCGCAGGUGUUCCAGAUCGACACUUUCAUCCAUUGAUCCAAACUCGGUCUUUGCAGGCGCUGUCCAACAAUCCCCGUAUCCAUAUCACCACAUCUACAGCGGCAAGCUGCAGGCGCUUAACAAACUGGUCACGCGUCUGGCAACUGAAAAGAUCGACAACAACUCGAGCUGCAGUAGCCCAACCACAUGCAACACACAGCACUGA